AUGGAGAAGUACUCCCAGUUCCGAGAUCGCGGAUCUGGAAUAGCCCCAUUCUUCCCCGUUUCGUCGCAACCUGCAGGAAUUUAUCUGCCAGUUCAUAUUUUCCUCUUCCUCUUCAAGCUGCCCUUCUUCAUUGCUAUAUCGUCCACAUACUUCCUCUUCCUACAAUGCUUUCCCCUCGGCUCCCUGGCAAAGAAAGCAAUACUUUGGAUGAUAUUGGGAAUCCCGGGUCUCUGGUGGAUUGACCUGCAAAUCGAUGGCGUGAAGAAGGGAUCAUUGGCAAAGAAGCAUGAGGGCCGGGUACCUGAACCAACAAAUAUUAUCGCAUCUUCUUUUACAUCGCCCAUCGAUUCUCUCUAUCUAGCCGCCAUAUUCGAUCCCAUAUUCACGGUCUCGUACCCCCAUACACGCCAAGUACAACAUGUCUCUUUAUUUGGCGCCAUCUUCCGAGCGCUUGCAAAACCCAAGGAAUAUCCUCCCAAAGGAGCUAAGAUGACUGAUCUGAAGACACUUCUGGCUGAACACCCAACGAGAGUUAUUGUCGUGUUUCCAGAAUGUACUACGACGAAUGGGAAAGGUAUUAUGCCUUUUAGCCCAAGUCUCCUCACAACGCCACCAGGAACGAAGAUCUUCCCAAUCAGCCUCCGAUAUUCUCCUCCAGAUAUCACAACUCCAGUUCCUGGACAAUACUGGGCAUUCAUCUGGAACCUCCUUUCGCAAGCUACGCAUUGCAUUCGUGUCCGGAUUGCAGAAGUUGUAUACAAUACAUCCAAACCAACAGAUGCAGAGAAGAAGGAUCGGUAUUUGACGAAUUUUAUGGACACCCUCGGGGAGGACUCAGCGACGACGAGUAGCUCCGAUACUUUGACGAGUCUAAGUGAUCAAGCGGGCGAGGUUAAUGUGGAGGAGAAACGAGUGUUGGAUAAAGUUGGAGAAGCGUUGGCACGUUUAGGUAGGGUCAAGCGGGUGGGCUUAACAGUGAAGGAUAAAGCGGAAUUUGUAGAAGCUUGGUCGAAGAGGAGAUAG